AUGGUAUUAAAUCCUGUCUUUAGAGUAACUUCAUGGUUCCUACUUGGAACUGUGUUUUUACUCUGGAAUGCGCUCCUUUCUCACGCAAACGUCAACGCAAUUGAAAAUGCAGUAAACGACUCUUUGUUAUGGGGACCUUAUCGUCCAAAUCUAUAUGUAGGCAUACGUCCAAAAGUUCCAAAUUCCCUAAUGAGCGGAUUGAUGUGGGCUAAUGUCGAUGAUUAUGCCAGAUUUUCAAAACUUCGUCACCGUGCAGAACACGGAGAUGAUAUUGGCACUUUCGGUUGGACUUCCUAUGAUGUUCGCCGAGGUGGUCAACAAGUGAUUGAGGAUCUUCUUAUGGGUAUAAAAAUGGUAACCGAAUUCGUUAAGUUACCAGAUGGAAACUGGGCUUUGCGUGUUCAUGGUACUCCUCUUCCUGGCGCCCCUGAGGACUUGACUACGGCUCUAUUUUUUUACGCCUAUGUGAACGGAGAAGGCAACUUGGAGCUGAAAGCAACAUCUCCCAAGAAAGUUUUCAUGGAAGGCCAAACACCCGAUUUGGGCAAAUUCCGUGUUCACACUUUUAACCGCAUGGGCAAGCAUCCUAGUACUAGUAGGGUGGAAGACUUGGAGAGUACUACCAUGGACAAGGAUUAUUAUGCUGGCUUCCAAAUCAACUCUAAGGAAGUAUGGCAGACUUCUGAAAUCCUUCUUUAUUUGCUGGAUACAAAAAUGAAAGUAUUGAGUGAACAUGGCAAUAUGAAAACUUUAGAUGAUUUACCUCCUGCAUAUGAAGCAUUGCUUUUACCAAACGUUCCUGGUGGUGAUGGUCUUCAGUUCAUCCAAAAGGUAUUUAAGGGAGAAUUUGUGUUUGACAUUGUCUUUAAUACUGCCAAAACCCAAGUGGCUUCUGAGGAACUGAUUACCAAGACAAUUGAAGAAAAUCACAUAGACUUUUCAAACAAAUUUCAAGAAGUAUUUCCAUUGAAAUACCCCUACGACGAAAAUCCAGAGUACCAACGUUUUGCUGAGUUUGCUUUUGCUAACCUAUUCGGUAACGUUGGAUUUUUCGAAGGAGAUUCAGUUGUCAGUAAAACUCCUAUCGAACCUGAUGAUGAAGAUUAUGAGUUUAUGCAAGGUUUCGAAAGUGCUAAAGAAAAACUAUCUGAAAAUACUGCUUUCUUUGAUAAGGAGCGCCAUUUGCUUACUGCUAUUCCCAGUAGAUCUCACUUUCCACGAGGGUUUUACUGGGAUGAAGGGUUCCAUCUUUUGCCAAUUGGUCUUUGGGAUAAUGAUUUUAGUUUGGAAAUCUUGAAAAGUUGGUUUUCUCUCGUUAAUGAAGAAGGUUGGGUCGGUCGUGAACAGAUUCUUGGACCUGAAGCUCGUAGCAAGGUUCCUGAUGAGUUUCAAACUCAAUAUCCCGAUAUCGCAAAUCCUCCCACUCUCAUUUUGGCUUUGAAGGCUUAUAUAGAAAAAUUGAAAGAGCAGGACCAUAAGAAGUCUUUUAAUGAUGUAGGUUCUGAUUAUUCUUUAGAAGAUUUGGAUUACCUUCGCUCUGUUUCGGUUUCAAAUCCUGAAAUGUCUAUUCAAUUUCUACAGGAAUUAUUUCCCUUAAUGUUGCGCCAUUACGAAUGGUUCAGAAAGACUCAACAUGGUGAUUUCGAUACGUGGGAACGUGAAUCGUUCUCUAAUGUUGAAGGCUAUCGCUGGCGUGGUCGUACGUAUCAGCAUUGUCUCGCUAGUGGUUUAGAUGACUAUCCUAGACCUCAGCCUCCUAGCGUUGCUGAACUACACGUUGAUUUGCUAAGCUGGAUGACUUCUUUCACAAAGAGUCUACGUUUUGUUGCUGAAUUCUUAGGUGAAAGCGAGGAAGCCGAGAAGUUAGCCAAGAAUGAAUAUGCUAUGCUUCGAAACUUAGAUGAUCUUCACUGGGAUGAGGAAGUUCAAGCUUACUGUGAUGCUAGUGUCGAUCAAUAUGAUGAUCCUAGAUAUAUUUGUCACAAGGGAUAUGUUUCGUUGUUGCCAUUGAUGUUGGGUCUUUUGCCUGCUGAAUCUGAAAAAUUGACAACCAUAUUAAAUAUGAUUAGAGAUGAAAGUGAGUUGUGGUCUCCUUACGGUAUUCGAAGUUUGAGUUUGAAUGAUCCUUACUUUGGAACGGACGAAAACUACUGGCGUGGCCCUGUCUGGAUGAAUAUGAAUUAUUUGAUAUUGAGCAGUCUUUAUCAGAAUUACAUCCAUGUUCCUGGACCUAGUCAAGGAUUGGCUAAGUCUAUUUACGAAGAACUUCGUCUUAACGUUGUGAACACCGUCUUUGACAACUGGAAACGUACAGGCAUCUUCUGGGAGCAGUACGAUUCCGUUACUGGUGUUGGCCAAAGAACUAAAGAUUUUACUGGUUGGACAACAGUUAUUGUGAAUAUUAUGUCAGAAAAGUAUUAA